ACGGGCGGCUCUGCCGGCGGUCAGGGGCGCUCCCCUCCGCCGUCCGAGCGGGGCGGCUCUGGCGGGAGGCGGCGCCAUGGGGCUGCACGGCGUCAAGGCGGUGUUCUUCGACCUGGACAACACGCUGAUCGACACGGCCGCGGCGGGGCGGCGCGCCAUCGAGGAGGUGAUAAGCGCCCUGCAGUCCAAGCACCACUACGGGGAGGGAGAGGCCCGCGCCGUCUGCGAUAAGGUGCAGGCCAAGCUCCUCAAGGAGUGCCACGAUCCCGCCAAGAUGUGCAUCACAGACCUGCGGAUAUCGCACUGGGAGGAGGCGAUCCAGGAGACCAUCGGCGGGGAGGCGAACCGUGACCUGGCGGCCGAGUGCUAUUACCUGUGGAAGACGACGCGGCUGCAGCACCUGACGCUGGCCGAGGACACGCGGGCCAUGCUCACCGAGCUGCGGAAAGGCCUCCGCCUGCUGCUCCUCACCAACGGCGAGCGGCAGACGCAGAGGGAGAAGAUCGAGGCGUGCGCCUGCCAGCCCUACUUCGAUGCCAUCGUUGUGGGGGGAGAGCAGAAAGAGGAGAAACCGGCGGCAUCCAUAUUUCAUUACUGUUGCGAUCUCCUGGGGGUGCAGCCCGCGGAGUGUGUGAUGGUCGGUGACUCUCUAGAUACAGAUAUUCAAGGAGGCCUGAAUGCUGGCUUGAAAGCAACGGUCUGGUUAAACAAAGCAAUGACUGCCCCAGUAGAUACCUCCCCCGUACCUCAUUAUAUUAUUUCUUCUGUACUGGAUCUUCCAGCAGUGUUACAGAAGAUGGAGCACAGCACUAAUUCUAAGUUAGAAACUGACCAUAUGGCUGGUAGCAAUGAAGCACAUUGAUGAUGGUUCCAGCAUAGAGACCUGCUGAGCUGUUAGGUGACAGAUGCUCUUUUGAAAAGUCUGACCCUAGGAGUUUGAACUCAUCUAUGGUCUCUUUUAAAUAGCAGGGGGAUUGAAUAAGAGCACAGUUGUCAGUGAAAACCAGACAGAAGCGCAGAAUUAUAUUAAUUUAGAUUAUGCAAGUGCAGUUAAUUUAAAGCAAUUGCCUCUGUCUGGAAAUUAUUUUGACAGACUGUUGCAGAAGUCUGUCUGUCUCUGACCUGAGUUGCCAGUCUCUUGUAUUUAUAGUGGAAAAGAAAAUUUGAAUGUUCUGAGCUUUCACAUGCUUUGCUGACUUGUAAGCUUAGGCAGAAUCCUCAGUUCUGACCUUGUGUGCAGUGUGUAAGAGAAGGUGAGAAAGAGAGUGCGGUACAAUCUGGUAAAUCCUCACAACUGAUCUACAGUUUAUCUCAGGAACUGGAGUGAAUUUCAUUACUUCUCAGACUAUUAGAAAUGCUCUACCUUUGAUCUUUUUUACAAGUUUUAGAAUUUUUUUCAGACUUUGCAGUGGUUUUUCUUUUGUGGAACUUGUAUCUCUUGCCAAAAGUACUUAAAAGUACAUUAAAAAUUUGCUUUUUUGUCGGGGACCAUUUAUCAGAGGGACUUGAUGAAUAAGCUUUUACUUUAUAUUAUCUUGGUGCUUAUGCAGUAUACUUGUAAUUCAGAUUAUGAUUUUUGUUGAAAUGGAUAAAACAGGGAUAUUUUCAAUAGUGCUACUGUACUGUCAGACUCUUCAGGACCUAAUAUCAUUGUUCUGUCUGAUUCUAUCAGUGAAUUUUGAUCAGAAUUUUUGGAGAAACUGUUCUUGGUCUUGGUCAGGCGUAUGACUACUCAGAUUGAACUGUAGGCUUUUCUGACUGUUUUAAUAGCACUGCUACAUAAUCCCUCCUUACUCCAGUUUGCAUGUGUAAUUCAUGUGAUUUAUUCUGAAGAAAAUACAAGCUAAUUGUCUGUAAAUGGCUCUCAUCACUCUCUUCCAGGAAUAUGUCCUAUGUAUUACAGUACUUUAUAAGGUAUAUGUAAUAUUUCCACUACAUGUAGGAGAUGACUCUCUAAAACAGUAAGGCUUCUCUUUCCUGGAUCAUGACAUUUAUUUUUUUCUGUGCCUCAUAUUCUUACUACAUAAUGGGGAUGUAUUCUCAUAUUAAAUGGAAAUGUAAACACUUGUUGGCAAGUCUGUGGUUUUCAACCCUAUUUGCUAUAUAUUCACUAGGAUGAGUAUCAGACCAUAUAUGAGAAAUCAAAUUUUAUAUUUUAGAAUAAUUCCAUAACAAAUCUUUUGAGAACAGGGGUGUUAGGGUACUGGCAGCAAUUAGAAGUACAGAAACCUACUAUGAAAUGGGUGUGUAGAAGAAAUUCUAUAUACAAAAAACAUUCAUGUCAAAUUAAACAAAGGAACCUAAGUUAAUGCUGUUAAGUCUUGCAUGGGAUGGCAGUCAGUUUAGAGGAGGCCAUUAGUGGUUUGGGUUAAAUUAUUUGAUAAGGAGUUUCGGUUAGAUCAAAAUAUGUUGCUCCUACGUUGAGGAGGGGGAAAAAUACUCACUAAAUUUGGAACCCCUUUCCCAAUUGUCCAUUAGAAAAGGUAAAGCAGUCCACAUUCCUUGUCUUACCUGGCCAAGCCUGCUGAAACAUGAGAUCAAGGAAGAGUACAGAGACAGACCUCACCUAUUCCUUUCAGGAAAUGGGCAUAUACUGAAAAGAAUCCAAUUACAGUAACACAGUAACAUGAACCAGUGGCACUGACUUGUCACAACAUCUGAAGGAAGAGGCCUAAGUUACAACUUUGAUUUCCAUUUGAAGAGCAUGAAAGCAGUCACUGGUUUAGCUGAUGAGCAAAGCAUUGCUACUAACAUUUCUUAGAACCAAUGAUUGAGACAAGAAUAAUAAAGAUCAUUGAGCCUGUCAGGGAUACUGUGUAAAAAUGGAAAUGUAUCCAAAUGAUUAGAGGGAUCCCUGAAGUAAUCUAACCAUACCACCUAAUACAAAAGCAACAACUUUGCUUUCAACAGCAUCCCAAAGGAGCUACAGGGUAACUGACUCUGCUCUGUUUGCACAGCAGCAGGGUAGUAGAACUUAGGUCAGAAUGAGGUUUCUGAUACAGCUGAUAUUUAAAAUAACAAAUAGUAAUAAUUUGCAAGUCUGUCCAUGGGCUUGAAGGAGAUAUAGAUCUAUAGAUAUAUAGUAUACCAGGUUACCAUUUUUUAAUCUAAGUUGAGGCUCAUAUUCUCUAGCCACUGCAUCAUGCUGAAGUGACAAGCUUAGCCUGCUUAUUGUAAAGAGGGUCUCUUGUUUUAGAAGAGACUGCUCUUUGUUUUGCACAUGGCCAGCCAUUUCUUUUCACCUCUGACUCUGAAAAACCACAGUAACUGUGCACUCAGGUGACAGUGUGGUCUGUAGAGGCCCCACCCGAGUAUAUUUUUCCAUUUCUGAGUUCUGUACCAGGCUGAAUGUGGCUGCUGGUGUCCAGAGAGGGAAACACCAUUAUGAUGCUUCUAUAAAACAAGGAGAAACAAUACAAGACUUUUCUCUAUCUAGGGCCAUUCUUAAAAGCAGUUACCCAAUAAGCUGGACUAGGUGUCUGGAGUAUCUCUAAAUACUCAAGAUGUUUUUCUUGGAUAGAGCUGUUGCAGAAAGGAUAAUGAAAAAUAAUUAUAUUGAGUAAAGUGGAAACAUAAGUGUAAUGAUGGGAUAAUUUUCACAUCAGAAGUAGGAACAAAUCAAUUAAACAGUCUAGUAACAGUUCCCAUUAAGUUCUGGUUUCACUUAGUGUUAUGCUCUAUUAGCUAAGUUAUCUGAUUUAAACUAUAUUGCCAAAACAUGCAAAAUACAAAGAGGAAAAGGAAAUUCCAUCUAUUUUUUUAAAACCUUUUUUUUCUAGAGAAUUAUUAUCUCCUGAGGUUAAUCUACAGUAACUUUGUCUUGGUUGAAAUUAACUGAAACAAUCGUUUAAUACCAACUGUAUUCUAAUUCUUGAUUCAAAAUAACCCAUGUUCUAGCUAAUAAAAGUGUUUUUGUGGAAGGGGCUAACAGCAGGCCUGUUAGCUAAAGGAGAGAGAAGAAGCUGAGAAGCAAGAAGAAGCUGAUAAGGAGCUCUCUCCAAAGCUGUUACCAAGGAGACUGAGAGAAGAGAUGAAUUGAAGAAAGAUAAGGAGAGAACUUUGCAGCUGGACGAAGCAUUUUUAGAAAGUUAGCUGAAGUCACUGUUACUUUUCAACAAUGGUGUUAUGUUGAUUUAUUGUGGCCAAUAGUUGGGGUAGAAGAAGCAUAAACAAUUAGGAAGUGUAUAAAAGGUCAGCCAUUUUCAAUAAUAAAGAGUUGCCAUCUGA